GCGUAUAGGUCAGUCACGUUUUGACAUUUAACCCCAAACGCAAAUGAGAUAGUGUGUUGACCACGUCGAAUACUUGGCAAAUAGCGGCAAGAUGGGCGCCAAAUGGUUAGGAGUAGUAACCGCUUUCAUAAUCUGUUACAUCGGCUAUGCCUGGAUCGACCGAUUUGACCAGAAGUUUGUGCGAGGUAAGCGCGUCCUGGUGACCGGAGCCAGCGCAGGGAUCGGAGAGAGUGUAGCUUACCACUACGCGAGGAUGGGAGCAACGGUCCUGGUUUCAGCAAGGAGAGAAGCCCUGCUCAAAAAGGUUGUUGCCAAAUGUCAGGAACUGAGUGGUGGAAAGGAACAUUACUACAUUACAUCGGACAUGUCUAAACUUGAAGACACGGAGAACGUUAUAAAGGCAGCUGAGACCAUGCUCGGUGGACUUGACAUCCUCGUGUUGAAUCACAUCGCACCUUACACGAUGGGAUACUGGACAGGCAGAGACAAUCUCACAACCAUUAACUAUAAGACAACCGUCAACUUCUUAUCCUACGUCCACCUGUUCUCCCACGCGCUGCCCUUAUUGAGAAAGUCACCAGGGAGUAGUGUGGUCGUCGUCUCAUCUCUGCUGGCCUGGUGUGCGCAGAAACUGAUUUCCUUAUGUCAUGAUACUUUACCAAAACCACGGUGGUCGUGCACAACUGAGGCUCAACUGAGGUUCAAGCACAUCGGUCUUUCCUUUAUUGAGGCGACAAUACAAGCGUUGGAUGACUGUGCCAACUUUCAUCUGAUCCCCUAUUUAUUCACACACUUGACAAGUUUCCUUGGCUCUCCCGUCCAGAGCGACUACGCAGCGACCAAGUUUGCUAUAAACGGUUUCUUCACAAGCCUCAGAGGAGAGUUUCACCUCCAAGAAGAUGAUAUCUCCAUUACAAUAUGCUAUUUGGGACCAAUCGCCACCAAGAUGGGACUAGCAAUUCUGGCGAACCGAGGUACAUUUGGUCCCAAAGUCUUUGAAGACAUGGUUCUAAUGGACCAAGACGAAGCAGCCCUCGCAGUCGUCAAAUCAGCAGCGAUAAAGGAAAACGAACUUUACUAUCCAUAUCUAAUUAAACUUUGUACUUUCCCUGGCAUGAAGGAAUUAGCAAUACGAAUGAGUUAUUCAGGAUUCAAGCAAGCAGUGGAGAACACGAAGUAUAACAGAUAUGUCCACUCAGGCAAAUAAAUAAA